AUGCCUCGUCCCCGAAGACCUGGUGCGCCAGAGCCAAAGAGAAGAAGCCGAAAAGGUUGUUGCGGAGAGGAAAAGCCAUUAUGUCUGAAUUGCCAACGGCAAGGAGAGGCUUGUGACUAUAGCGUCCGUCUCAAUUGGGGGGCCGGACCAAAAGAACGUCCGUUGACUCUCCCAAUUCCCAGUCAAGCGGAUACGCAGGGACAAUUAUGUCUUUCUCUGAUGCAACGCCAGCAAGCAAUACAUUCGGUGGAUGGCUUCGUCAAUGUUCACUCCGGUGAUUUGGGCUCCCCUGGAGCCAUGUCGCCGCCAUCACUUGGCAUAUUUGAGUCGCCCAAGCCGCCCACAGGACCAGAAAGCAGCAAUUCUCCAGACCAAGUCGAUACUCAGUUUACAUCAACUUGGCCAGAGCAAUCUUCUUUGACAUCCCCAGUGUCGUCGGGUCCUCUGGCGCAUUAUCCAUUUGGCUCAGGAUUCCACGGGACUUUCUCAGCGGCUGCCGAUCAAGGUGUAGGCCUUCGUUCACUGUCGGCCUUCGCGUUUCAUUCAAACUCAGUAUCGCAGCCUGUAUCAUUUCUGCGAAAUACGGUGGAUAGUCCAAGGCUGGCACCCGAUCAAAAUGAAGGCCCGCACGGUUCCAUAUCUCAGGAUGAGCACAGUAUGGGAUACUCGAUUGACGAAAUGGUACAGCACAAUCACCACUCUCCUGAUAUGCCGAAUGACAGUGGUAUCUCGACCUUGAUGCUCGGUUCGCACCAGCCAAUGGCCCGAAACAAUGCGAAUUCGUCUCCAGAGGAUAUAAUAACGACGUUGAAACGGCCAGUGGAGGCGACAACGAAUGAUCACAAGGAAGAUGAUCAAGCCGCACGCGAAUCGUUCGCUGCUCAGAGCAGAUGGCAAGCUUACCUCACCAGUGUGACAGACAACUAUGGAUUUGAUUCCGGGCGACCAGAUCGUGAUGUAGCAUUGAACAACGAUCAUGCCGCAAUUGAUGUCAAUCAUUCUUUGGACAUGAUUGGCAUGCGGGGACACUCGGAGGAGACCUCGCCUAAAGGUAGUUCUUCGCCAUCUGAACUCCAGAACUCCGAUUUUGGUGGCUAUUAUGCCGCUCCGGUGCCAAUUAACAUUCCAAGAUAUCUUUCUCCCCUGCCGCCAUCGUUGCUAGGCAAUCCGAUAAAUCUGAUGUACUUUCAUCAUUUUCUCAAUCAUACAUCUCGAAUGUUGGUGCCUCACGACUGUGACAAUAAUCCGUUCACGUCGGUCCUGCCUUCAAUGGCCAUUGGCGACCCCAAUCUGCUCAAUUUGUUAUUGGCAUACUCCGCCAGUCAUCGUGCGCGGUAUUUAGGGCAUCCUGAGCCAGCCAAUCGAAUUGCGCAUUGGGUCAGUGAUGUCUUUCCAACCCUGCGUGUGGCAUUAGAAGCAUCCCAUGAGGACAUUACCGAUAGCCACUUAGCUACCGCAAUCCUGCUCUUGUCCUUGAAGAUUGUGUCCCCGGGAACAUUUGAAGUUCCCAUCACAUGGCAGAGCCAUCUCAAGCUCGCCCGAGAGUUGUUCAUUGCGCGAAGUGAUCGGCUCGCUCAAGCUGGUAAUCGAAUUGGCGCAUUCUUUGCCCGCUGGUUGGGGUACAUUGACACCGUUGGUGCAUUGUCGUGUCGUCAAGCCGGUCGACCGCUGAUGCUGUAUCAUUCUGUUCUUGAGGCUUGUUCAAAUGCAGAGAAUUAUGAUGAGUCCAGUGUGGAUUGCUUCACGGGAUUCACUCCUCGUACUGGAUUGUUUCUCAUUCGCCUAGCAAAGCUGGUGCAGGAGUGUGACAACCAGCGUUUCGACGAUCUGGGCAACUUUCGCCGGGGGUGGCACCCAUCUGCGGACAUGGUUCUUCAAGCCCAAGCCGUGCUAGGUGAUCUAGAUGCAAUAACGAAUCAUGCCCAUGCUGACCCAGAUCACCACCAGGGCCUCGAAGCUCAAGAUAUGAUGGCAACAGAAGAGGCCUUCCGGUGUGCUGGGCUCGUCCAUCUUCAUCGUCGUGUGUUAGGAUCGUCAAAAGAUUCAUUUCCGGUCAAAGAAGCUCUUCGACAGCUGAUUGAUGCCCUCGGGCGUAUGAGACUCGGUGCCUCGACCGAGGUUUGCUCAUUGCUUCCGUUGUUCACGGCGGGUUGUGAAUCUCGGGACCCUUCUCAACAGGCCAGAAUCCUAAAUCGCUUCUUGGUGUUAGAGAAAUCAGGGAUGAAACAGAUUCAAGAUGCUCGCCAGUUAAUGCAACGGUGUUGGGAAGAAAAUAUUCCCUGGGUUGCGUUAGCCGGCGGAGAGUUCUUCGGAUAG